AUGACACUUGCUGCAGGGUGUGGUCCCCUCCUACGGGUAGACGACUCCCUACCAGGAUUCACAUAUAUAAAAGGGGAUACGAAUCUCGAUACAGUACGACAUAGCAGUCCAUACUUUAGGGCGAAUACUGGUAAUCAUCCAGCAGCGCUUCAUCACGUUGAAAACAUGAAGGCAUUCAUUGUUCUAUUCGCACUCUGUGCCAUCGCAACGGCAACGCCCGCGCCUGUCCAGGACACGCCGGAGGUAGCACAAGCGAAAGCGGCGCAUCUUGCCACCCACGCUUAUGAGGCCGCUAGGAACUCCAUCGGUUACGGAUGGCCCGGUUAUGGAUGGUCCGGUUACGGAUGGCCUGCCCUUUAUGCACCUGCAAUUGCAUACGGCGCUCCCAUCGGCGCGGACGGCCGGGUUAUAGACACACCUGAGGUCGCCCAGGCCAAGGCUGCCCAUCUCGCCGCUCACGCCCAAGAGGCUGCCAAGAUUGGAUUGACUCCAUACGGUGCACUAGCUUAUGCCACCGCGCCAUUCUACGCUUACAGUUACGCUCCACUUGGACUUGAUGGCAGAGUAAUCGACACCCCUGAAGUGGCCCAGGCUAAAGCAGCACAUUUGGCCGCACACGCUGCAGCAGCCCGAAAUGUUUAAUAAAUUAAGUAACCAUUGGAAAUUGCAUAUCAAUAAAAUCACACAAACUAUCUGUUUUCAAUCGCGAAAGUAUAUGCAUAGACAUUUGUGCCAUGUUUUUGCCAUGUUUUAUAUGGAUCUGAUGUGAGAAAAAUUUGACAAUAAACAAGCCAUUUUUAAGAA